CAAAAUCAGAGAGAAAAUUGAAUAUGUAGCUGAUUUUGCAAAAAUAAAUGAUCAGUUGUUUAGAACCUACUUAACAAGUAACAUGGAGACGAAUAAUAUCUACACCUUCUUUAUGGUGUUAUUCUUAAUACAGAUAUCUUUGACUUACACUAAACCCGUAAAAGAUACCUAUCAAUUCUAUGAUACUUCCGAGGAAGAUAGAAAUAUUAGAACAAAUCCAACAGUGAAACAAAAACUUUUACUCUUUACAUAUGAUAGUUUUAUAUCUCUGGGCCUACAGUAUGCCAACAAUGCCGAUGUAGUCAGUAAUCGUAUUUUGAAUGAUGAGUCUCUGAUGACUAAUACUAAUCCUGAGAUUUUGGAAUUUAAGAACAAAUUAAAACAGUUUGUUGAAAAAUAUGAAUCUAGUAGAAAUAUUCGCAUAGUAUGGGAUUUAAUUGACAUGUAUACAGCUGCUGUUGAAAAGUAUUUUGACAUUCCCGAGGAUAAGGUUACUCCCGAAACUAGCUAUAUUUUGGAACUUUUAAAGAAGCACAAAGGCAUUGAUGUAGCCACUAGAUUUGCUGCUGAGUUUAAGAAAUUUGAGAAUAAUUUUGUUAGUAUGUUCGAGGAGAAUAAGGAGCACUUGGAGAAGCCCAUGUUGGAUUGGUAUGAAAAGUUUAAAUCUAUAAAUACUACUGAGAAGAAAAUUGAUGCUUUUAGUGGAUUUUUGAAUUGUUUAAGUAGGAAAUGUAAUGUAAAAUUUUAUAAAUAAACGAAUUGAUUUAAUAAAA